AUGGAUAUAACUAUGGGCUGCUGUACGGGCACAGGACCUCCUCCCUCCUGCCUUGUACUCCUGCUUCUCAAGCUUUUGGCCAGUGUUUCCCAGGGUCUCCCAGGGACAGGACCCCUGGGCUUCCACUUUACACAUUCCAUUUAUAAUGCUACAGUGUAUGAGAACUCGGCAGCAAGGACCUAUGUCAACAGCCAGAGCAGAAUGGGUAUCACCUUGUCAGAUCUUUCCUGGGACAUCAAAUACAGAAUAGUGUCUGGGGAUGAAGAAGGCUUCUUCAAAGCAGAGGAAGUCAUCAUUGCAGACUUUUGUUUCCUCAGAAUAAGAACUAAAGGUGGCAAUUCUGCCAUACUGAAUAGAGAAAUCCAGGACAAUUAUUUAUUGAAUGUAAAAGGUUCUGUCAGAGGAGAGGAUUUAGAAGCAUGGACCAAAGUGAAUAUACAGGUUUUGGAUAUGAAUGAUUUGAGACCUUUGUUUUCACCAACAACAUACUCUGUUACAAUAGCAGAAAGCACACCUUUAAGGACUAGCAUUGCCCAGGUAACAGCCACUGAUGCCGACAUUGGUUCUAAUGGUGAAUUCUACUAUUACUUUAAAAACAAAGUUGACCUCUUUUCCGUUCACCCUACAAGUGGUGUAAUCUCUCUAAGUGGGAGGCUAAACUACGAUGAGAAGAACAGGUAUGACCUCGAAGUUUUGGCGGUGGACCGGGGGAUGAAACUUUAUGGUAACAAUGGUGUCAGCAGCACGGCAAAGCUUUUUGUUCACAUUGAACGGAUCAAUGAACAUGCACCAACCAUCAGUGUGGUCACGCACAUCCCCUUCCCAUUGGACAAGGAGCCCACGUAUGCAGUGGUUAAUGUUGAUGACCUAGAUGAGGGUGCAAAUGGAGAGAUUGAAUCAAUUUCCAUUGUGGCUGGAGAUCCUUUGGAACAAUUUCUCCUAGUAAAGGAAGGCAAAUGGAUUAAUGAGUACAAAAUUAAGGAGAGAAAGUCAAUUGACUGGGAGGGCUUUCCGUAUGGCUACAAUCUCACUCUUCAAGCAAAGGACAAAGGUUCUCCCCAGAAGUUUUCAGCUGUAAAAGUAGUCCACAUUGCCAAUCCCCAGAGAGACAGCAUCCCCAUCAGAUUUGAGAAGGAAACCUACAAUGUCACAAUUAGUGAAUUUUCACCUCCUGGAGUUGUGGUCGCCAUUGUUAAAUUGAACCCAGAGCCGCCAGGGGUGGAAUACAGAAUAUCUCCUGGUGAGGAUGCAGAGUAUUUUAAGAUUAACCCAAGGUCUGGUUUGAUAGUCACAGCUCAACCUCUGGAUGUCAUCAAGAAAGAAGUUUAUGAGCUAGCGGUGUCAAACAAAGAAGGUGAUUUGAAAGCACAAGUCACCAUUGGUUUGGAAGAUGCCAAUGACCAUACUCCUGAAUUCCAGCAGUCCUCCUAUGAAGCUUUUGUUAAUGAGAGUGUGCCCAUGGGUACAAGCGUGUUAUCCAUUUCAGCUUCUGAUAAGGACAAAGGAGAGAAUGGGUAUAUCACAUACAGUAUCGCCAGCCUCAAUGCAUUACCAUUUUCCAUUAAUCAGUUUACAGGUGUUAUUCGUACAACUGAGGAAUUGGAUUUUGAAUCCUCUCCAGAAAAUUACAGGUUUAUCGUGAGGGCCUCUGACUGGGGUUCACCUUAUCGUCAUGAAAGUGAGGUCAACGUGACCAUUCGUAUAGGAAAUGUCAAUGACAACAGUCCUUUGUUUGAGAAAGUGGCCUGCCAGGGAGUCAUUUCAUACGACUUCCCCGUUGGGGGGCACAUUACUGCUGUGUCAGCAAUAGACAUUGAUGAACUGGAACUAGUAAAGUACAAAAUCCUCUCUGGAAAUGAACUUGGUUUUUUUUAUUUAAAUCCUGACUCAGGUGUCUUACAACUUAAAAAGUCCUUGAUUAACUCUGGCGUGAAGAAUGGUAACUUUGGCCUCAGGAUCACAGCCACUGAUGGGGAGAAUUUUGCAGAUGCCAUGUUUGUUAAUAUUUCAGUCUUACAAGGGAAAGUGUCUUCUAAGAGCUUUAGCUGUCGAGAAACUCGAGUGGCACAAAAAUUAGCAGAGAAACUCCUCAUCAAAGCAAAAGCCAAUGGGAAGCUAAAUUUGGAAGAUGGAUUUCUUGACUUUUACUCUGUUAAUAGGCAGGGGCCCCAUUUUGACAAAUCCUUUCCUUCUGAUAUCGCUGUCAAGGAAGACUUGCCAGUUGGUGCUAACAUCUUAAAAAUAAAAGCCUUUGACGCAGACUCCGGCUUCAAUGGGAAGGUGGUCUUUACCAUCUCUGAUGGUAAUACAGAUAGUUGCUUCAACAUUGACAUGGAAACAGGCCAGCUUAAAGUUCUGAUGCCGAUGGACCGAGAACAGACAGACCUCUACCUUCUUAACAUUACAAUUUAUGAUUUGGGGAAGCCCCAGAAAUCUUCAUGGAGGUUACUGACCAUUAAUGUGGAGGAUGCUAAUGACAACAGACCCAUUUUCCUGCAGGAGAGUUACUCUGUUAAUAUUCUAGAAAGUUCAAGUAUUGGUACUGAGAUCAUUCAAGUGGAAGCCAGGGAUAAAGAUUUGGGACCUAAUGGGGAAGUGACUUACUCAGUAUUAACGGAUGCACAGCAAUUUUCUAUCAAUAGUUCAACUGGGAUAGUUUAUGUAGCUGAUCAAUUAGACCGGGAAUCCAAAGCAAACUACUCAUUAAAAAUAGAAGCCAGGGACAAAUCUGAGAGUGGCCAGCAGCAAUUUUCUGUGGUCACUCUUAAGGUUUUCUUGGAUGAUGUCAAUGAUUGCUCCCCUACUUUUAUACCAACCAGCUACAGUGUAAAGGUCCUUGAAGAUCUUCCAGUCGGUACAGUCAUUGCAUGGCUGGAAACCCAUGAUCCAGACCUUGGCUUGGGAGGUCAAGUGCGCUACUCCUUGGUGAAUGACUAUAACGGGAGAUUUGAAAUCGAUAAAGCUAGUGGUGCUAUUCGUUUGAGCAAAGAGCUCGAUUAUGAGAAACAGCAGUUCUACAACCUCACGGUCCGUGCAAAAGACAAAGGGCGCCCGGUGUCUUUGUCAUCUGUUUCCUUUGUGGAGGUGGAAGUGGUGGACGUCAAUGAAAACCUUCACACUCCCUAUUUCCCAGACUUUGCUGUGGUUGGAUCUGUAAAGGAAAACUCCCGUAUUGGAACAAGUGUGUUACAAGUGACUGCGAGAGAUGAGGAUUCUGGCAGGGAUGGGGAGAUCCAAUAUUCUAUCAGGGAUGGCAGUGGCCUUGGGAGGUUUAACAUAGAUGACGAAAGUGGGGUCAUCUAUACUGCAGACAUUCUUGAUCGAGAAACAACUGGGUCCUACUGGCUGACCGUGUACGCCACCGAUCGAGGUGUUGUGCCGCUCUAUUCUACCAUUGAGGUCUACAUUGAGAUUGAAGAUGUGAACGACAACGCUCCUUUGACCUCAGAGCCCAUUUACUAUCCUGUGGUCAUGGAAAAUUCUCCUAAGGAUGUAUCCGUCAUUCAGAUUCAGGCUGAAGAUCCGGAUUCCAGCUCCAACGAAAAGCUGACCUACAGGAUUACAAGCGGUAAUCCUCAGAACUUCUUUGUCAUAAACGUCAAAACAGGUCUGAUCACAACCACUUCAAGGAAAUUGGAUCGAGAACAGCAGGCAGAACAUUUUCUAGAGGUGACCGUUACUGAUGGUGGUUCUUCUCCAAAGCAGUCAACAGUUUGGGUUGUGGUUCAGGUUCUGGAUGAAAAUGACAAUAAGCCUCAGUUCCCAGAGAAAGUCUACCAGAUCAAGCUGCCAGAGCGGGACCGAAAGAAAAGAGGAGAACCAAUUUACAGGGCUUUUGCUUUUGAUAAAGAUGAAGGUCCCAAUGCGGAGAUAUCCUACAGCAUCGUAGAUGGAAAUGAUGAUGGAAAGUUCUUUAUUGACCCUAAGACUGGCAUGGUCUCUUCCAGGAAGCAAUUUACAGCAGGGAGUUACGACAUCCUCACAAUCAAAGCAGUGGACAAUGGACGCCCACAGAAGUCCUCUACCGCCCGCCUCCACAUCGAAUGGAUUAAGAAGCCACCUCCUUCCCCUGUGCCUCUGACCUUUGAUGAGCCAUUCUAUAACUUUACUGUCAUGGAAAGCGAUCGAGUGACAGAAAUUGUGGGGGUGGUGUCUGUGCAGCCGGCCAAUAUACCUCUGUGGUUUGAUGUAGUUGGGGGGAAUUUUGACAGCUCUUUCGAUGCAGAGAAAGGUGUUGGGACAAUUGUCAUUGCAAAACCUCUGGAUGCAGAGCAGAGGUCCAUCUAUAAUAUGAGUGUGGAAGUCACCGAUGGAACAAAUGUUGCUGUCACUCAGGUAUUCAUCAAAGUGCUAGAUAACAAUGAUAAUGGCCCUGAGUUCUCUCAGCCAAGUUAUGAAGUCACAAUUUCAGAGGAUGUCCUGCCAGACACUGAGAUAUUACAAGUUGAGGCGACAGACAGAGAUGAAAAACACAAACUGAGCUACACAAUCCACAGCAGUAUUGACUCAGUAAGCAUGAGGAAAUUCCGGAUCGAUGCCAGCACCGGAGUUCUGUACAUUGCUGAGAGGCUAGACCAUGAGGCCCAGGACAAGCACAUUCUUAAUAUAAUGGUCAGAGAUCAGGAAUUUCCUUAUCGGAGAAAUUUGGCCCGAGUCAUUGUGCAUGUAGAAGAUGCCAAUGAUCACAGCCCCUAUUUUACCAGCCCACUCUAUGAAGCAUCUGUAUUUGAAUCUGCAGCCUUGGGAUCAGCUGUUCUGCAAGUGACUGCUCUGGAUAAAGACCGGGGAGAAAAUGCAGAACUCCUCUAUACCAUAGAAGCAGGAAACACUGGAAACACAUUUAAGAUUGAACCCAUCUUGGGCAUCAUUACUGUAUCAAAAGAACCAGAUAUGACGACAAUGGGGCAGUUUGUUUUGUCCAUAAAAGUCACUGAUCAGGGCUCCCCACCGAUGUCUGCCACUGCCAUCGUUCGCAUCUCUGUUACCAUGUCAGAUAAUUCUCACCCCAAGUUCACUCAGAAAGACUACCAAGCAGAAGUGAACGAAAAUGUCGACAUUGGGACAUCAGUCAUUUUAAUCUCUGCCAUCAGUCAAUCUACCGUAAUUUAUGAAGUGAAAGAUGGAAAUAUCGAAGGGAUCUUUACCAUAAACCCAUAUUCUGGUGUGAUAACCAAUCAAAAGGCCCUUGAUUACGAACGUAUUUCCUCUUAUCAACUCAUCAUCCAAGCUACCAACAUGGCAGGGAUGGCAUCCAAUGCCACAGUUAAUAUUCAAAUUGUUGACGAAAAUGAUAAUCCCCCCAUUUUCCUUUUCUCUCAGUACUCAGGCAGCCUCAGCGAAGUUGCCCCCAUAAACAGCAUCGUCCGUAGCUUAGGCAACAAUCCAUUGGUGAUUCGAGCCACAGAUGCUGAUAGUAAUCAGAAUGCUUUGCUGGUGUAUCAGAUUGUUGAGUCCACUGCAAAGAAGUUUUUCACUGUGGACUCCAGCACGGGCGCCAUCCGAACAAUCGCCAGCUUGGACCAUGAAACCAUUGCCCAUUUCCAUUUCCACGUUCACGUGAGAGACAGUGGUAACCCCCAGCUGACUGCAGAGAGCCCAGCCGAGGUCAAUAUUGAGGUGACGGAUGUGAAUGAUAAUCCUCCAGUUUUCACGCAGGCAGUGUUUGAGACGGUCUUACUUCUACCCACUUACGUUGGGGUGGAGAUUCUGAAAGUCCAAGCAACCGAUCCUGACUCAGACGUGCCGGCUGAACUAGCAUACAGUCUGAUGGAAGGCAACUUGGACCAUUUUUUAAUUGAUUCCAAUAGUGGGGUGCUCUCCAUAAAAAAUAGCAGCCUUUCCAAAGAUCAUUAUAUGCUCAUAGUUAGAGUGUCAGAUGGUAAGUUUUAUGGUACUGCCAUGGUGACCAUCAUGGUGAAAGAAGCCAUGGACAGUGGUCUCCAUUUCACACAGAGUUUUUACUUUGCUUCAAUCUCAGAAAACAGUACCAACAUCACCAAAGUAGCCAUUGUCAAUGCAAUUGGAAAUCGCCUUAAUGAACCUUUAAAAUAUAGCAUAUUGAAUCCAGGAAACAAGUUCAAAAUAAAAUCUACCUCCGGGGUCAUCCAGACAACUGGUGUCCCCUUCGACCGUGAAGAACAAGAGUUGUACGAGCUGGUGGUAGAAGCCAGUCGGGAGUUAGACCAUCUGCGUGUGGCCAGGGUGGUCGUCAGGGUGAACAUUGAAGACAUCAAUGACAACUCUCCAGUUUUUGUGGGGCUCCCUUACUAUGCUGCUGUGCAGGUGGAUGCUGAACCUGGGACUCUCAUCUACCGGGUCACUGCUCUUGACAGAGACAAAGGUGCCAACGGGGAAGUGACCUACACCCUUCAAGAGGACUACGGCCACUUUGAAAUUAACCCAGAAUCAGGGAGUGUCUUUUUAAAAGAAGCCUUCAAUUCUGACUUAUCCAACAUUGAGUAUGGAGUCAUCAUCCUUGCCAAAGAUGGCGGCAAGCCCGCGUUGUCCGCAUCCGUGGAGCUUCCCAUCACUAUCGUCAACAAAGCGAUGCCCGUAUUCGACAAACCUUUUUAUACGACUUCCAUCAAUGAGGAUGUCGAAAUGCACACUCCCAUCCUCAGCAUCAAUGCCACCAGCCCAGAAGGACAAGGAAUCAUUUACAUCAUCGUGGAUGGGGAUCCUUACAACCAGUUCAACAUUGACUUUGACACCGGAGUUCUGAAUGUCAUCAGCCCACUGGACUAUGAAGUAACACCUGUUUUUAAACUGACGGUGAGGGCCAGUGAUGCUCUCACUGGUGCCAGGGCUGAGGUCACUGUCGACUUGCUAGUUAAUGAUGUAAAUGAUAAUCCCCCCAUAUUUGAUCAACCCACCUACAACGCAACCUUGUCGGAAGCCUCUCUCAUCGGCACGCCUGUUUUGCAAGUGGUCGCUUCCGAUGCAGAUUCAGAAAACAAUAAAAUUGUGCAAUACCAGAUUGUCCAGGAUACCUAUAAUAGUACUGAUUAUUUUCACAUAGAUAGCACAAGUGGCUUAAUCUUGACAGCUCGCAUGUUAGAUCAUGAAUCAGUACAACAAUCCACUUUAAAAGUCAGGGCAACAGAUAAUGGAUUCCCGCCAAUGAGCAGCGAGGUACUUGUUAAUAUUUAUGUGACCGACAUGAAUGACAACCCUCCGGUUUUUAACCAGCUGAUUUAUGAAUCCUACGUGAGUGAAUUAGCCCCACGGGGCCAUUUUGUGACCUGUGUCCAAGCUUCUGAUGCCGACAGCUCUGAUUUUGACCGGCUGGAAUAUAGCAUUUUAUCUGGGAAUGAUCGAACGAGUUUUCUGAUGGACAGCAAGAGCGGUAUCAUCACCCUGUCCAACCACCGGAAGCAGAGAAUGGAGCCUCUGUAUAGUUUAAACGUGUCUGUCUCUGACGGGUUGUUCACUAGCACAGCACAGGUGCAUAUCAGGAUACUCGGUGCUAAUUUAUACAGUCCUGCCUUUUCACAAAGCACCUAUGUUGCUGAAGUGAGGGAGAAUGCUGCUCCAGGGACAAAGGUCAUUCAUGUCAGAGCGACCGAUGGGGAUCCAGGCAUCUAUGGACAGAUCAGCUAUGCUAUUAUCAAUGACUUUGCUAAGGACCGAUUCUUGAUAGACAACAAUGGGCAAGUCAUCACCACAGAAAGGCUGGAUCGGGAAAGCCCAAUGGAAGGGGACAUCAGUAUUUUCUUGAGGGCUUUAGAUGACGGAGGGAGAACAACCUUCUGUACCGUGAGGGUGAUCGUCGUGGAUGAAAAUGAUAACGCUCCCCAAUUUUUGACAGUAGAAUAUAGAGCUAGCGUCCGAGCCGAUGUUGGAAGAGGUCACUUGGUGACCCAGGUGCAAGCCAUCGACCCAGAUGAUGGAGUGAAUUCAAGGAUUACUUAUUCGCUCUACAGCGAGGCCUCUGUCUCGGUAGCAGAUCUUCUUGAAAUUGACCCUGACAAUGGCUGGAUGGUCACAAAAAGUAAUUUUCACCAGUUGAAAAACACCGUCUUGUCAUUUUUUGUCAAAGCGGUCGAUGGUGGUAUCCCAGUAAAGCACUCCCUCAUUCCUGUCUAUAUUCACGUCUUGCCUCCUGAAAUACUCUUACCUUCCUUCACCCAGCCCCAAUAUUCCUUUGCUCUUCCAGAAGAUACCGUCAUUGGAAGCACAGUGGAUUCUCUCAGGAUUUUGCCUAGUCAGAAUGUUGUGUUUAGUACCGUUAAUGGCGAACGACCUGAAAAUAACAAAGGUGGAGUCUUCAUCAUUGAGCAGGACACUGGCACCAUCAAACUGGACAAGCGCCUGGACCGCGAAAUGACCCCUGCUUUUCACUUUAAGGUAGCGGCCACCAUUCCCUUGGACAAAGUGGACAUUGUGUUUACUGUUGACAUAGAGAUCAAGGUCCUCGAUCUAAAUGAUAACAAACCAUUCUUUGAUGCUUCAAGCUAUGAAGCCAUCAUAAUGGAGGGAAUGCCUGUGGGGACCAGACUCAUUCAGGUGAAGGCUAUUGAUAAAGAUUGGGGUGCCAACGGACAGGUCACUUAUGCCCUCCACUCUGAUUCCAAUGCCGAGAAGGUCAUGGAAGUGUUCAGCAUCGACACGAACACUGGCUGGAUCAGCACCUUGAAAGACUUGGACCACGAGAGGGAUCCCACUUUCACUUUCUCAGUGCUGGCCUCAGACCUUGGAGAAGCCUUCUCCCUGUCUUCCACAACCCUGGUGUCAGUCACCGUCACAGAUAUAAAUGACAAUGCACCUGUCUUUGGCCACGAAGUCUACCGAGAGCACGUGAAGGAAAGCGAUCCUCCAGGGGAAGUGGUAGCCCUCCUCAGCACCUGGGACGAAGACACAUCGGACAUCAAUCGGCAAGUGAGCUAUCACAUUACAGGAGGGAAUCCCAGAGGAAGAUUCGCUUUGGGUCUGGUGCAAAAUGAAUGGAAGGUUUAUGUGAAGCGACCUCUUGAUCGAGAAGAGCAAGAUAUUUACUUUCUAAACAUCACUGCCACUGACGGGCUUUUUGUCACUCAGGCGAUGGUGGAAGUCACUGUCACUGAUGUGAAUGACAACAGUCCAGUGUGUGACCAGUUGCCAAAGGAAACAAUCCCAGAUGCUGCACUUUUGGCCAUGUGUGGGUUUAGUUACACUCCUUUGAAGGUCAUCCAGAUGUGUUUGCUAUAUUUCAAGAGUCCCUCGUGCUUUCUUGGUGAGUUAAAAACCCUGGCCCUUUUGGAUCGAGAGAAAAUUCCUGUGUACAACCUGAUUGCCAGGGCAACAGAUGGGGGUGGCAGGUUCUGCCAGUCUGACAUCCGCCUGAUUCUGGAAGACGUUAAUGACAAUCCUCCCAUAUUUUCAUCUGACCAUUAUAACACAUGCAUCUAUGAGAAUACAGCCACCAAAGCCUUGUUAACAAGAGUACAAGCCACAGAUCCUGACUUAGGCAUCAACAGAAAAGUUGUUUAUUCUCUGGCAGACUCAGCAGGAGGGUACUUUUCAGUAGACAGCUCAUCAGGCAUUAUCAUCUUGGAGCAGCCUCUGGAUCGAGAGCUACAGUCAUCCUAUAACAUCAGUGUGAAGGCAUCUGACCAGAGCAUCCUUAAGGCAUUGUCUUCCCUGGCUACGGUCACCAUUACUGUGUUGGAUAUUAAUGACAACCCCCCUGUGUUUGAAAGAAGGGACUAUCUUGUUACAGUACCAGAAGAUACAUCCCUAGGCACAGAAGUUCUUGCCGUUUUUGCCACAAGCAAAGAUAUUGGCACAAAUGCUGAAAUUACUUAUCUCAUCCGGUCUGGGAAUGAACGAGGGAAAUUCAAAAUUAACCCAAAGACAGGAGGAAUUUCUGUCAUUGAGGCCUUGGACUAUGAAAUGUGCAAAGAUUUUUACCUCGUGGUGGAAGCCAAAGAUGGUGGUACCCCAGCCCUCAGUGCUGUGGCCACGGUGAACAUCAAUCUUACUGAUGUGAAUGACAAUGCACCCAAAUUUAAUCAGGAGGUCUACAGUGCAGUCAUCAGUGAAGAUGCUUCCAUCGGGGACUCAGUCAUUGUGUUAAUAGCAGAAGAUGUAGAUAGCCCACCCAAUGGACAGAUUCGUUUCUCCAUUGUCAGUGGGGACCGGGACAAUGAGUUUGCUGUGGAUCCUGUCUUGGGACUCAUUAAAGUUAAAAAGAAAUUGGACCGAGAACGGGUGUCUGGAUACUCAUUACUCAUUCAGGCUACGGACAGUGGCAUUCCUGCCAUGUCAUCCACUGUGACAGUCAACAUAGACAUUUCCGAUGUAAAUGACAAUGGCCCCGUUUUCACGCCAGCCAACUAUACUGCGGUAAUCCAGGAAAACAAACCAGUGGGAACAAGCAUUUUGCAGCUGAUGGUGACAGAUCGAGAUUCCUUUCACAAUGGGCCCCCUUUCACCUUUACCAUCUUGGCAGGGAACGAAGAAGAGGAGUUUGUGUUGGACCCUCAUGGGAUAUUACGAUCAGCAGUUGUCUUUAGGCACACAGACUCUCCAGAUUACGUGCUUUAUAUCCAGGCAAAGGACUCGGGCAAGCCCCAGCAAGUUUCCCACUCUUACAUUCGGGUCCGUGUGAUUGAAGAAAGCAUCCACAAGCCCACUGCCAUCCCUUUAGAAAUCUUUAUCGUCACCAUGGAGGAUGACUUCCCCGGGGGCGUCAUUGGGAAAAUCCACGCCACCGACCAGGAUGUAUAUGACGUUCUCACGUAUUCCCUGAAAUCUGAGCAGAGGAGCUUGUUCAAAGUGAACACCCAUGAUGGGAAGAUCAUUGCCCUGGGGGGCCUGGACAGCGGUAAAUACAUUCUGAAUGUUUCCGUGAGUGACGGCCGCUUCCAAGUGCCCAUUGACGUCAUCGUCCACGUGGAGCAGCUGGUACAGGAGAUGCUGCAGAACACAGUCACCAUCCGGUUCGAGAACGUGUCCCCCGAGGACUUUGUUGGGCUGCACAUGCACGGGUUCCGGAGGACCCUCCGGAAUGCUGUCCUUUCUCAGAAACAGGACAGUCUCCACAUCAUCAGCAUUCAGCCUGUGGCUGGCACCAACCAACUGGACAUGUUGUUUGCUGUGCAAAUGCACAGUGGUGGCUUCUACAAGCCUGCGUACCUCAUCCAAAAGCUAUCCAAUGCAAGGAGACAUUUGGAGAAUGUGAUUCGCAUCUCUGCCAUCCUGGAGAAGAACUGCUCUGGCCUGGACUGCCAGGAACAACACUGUGAGCAAAGUUUGUCCAUAGAUUCACACUCUCUAAUGACCUACAGCACGGCUCGCAUUAGUUUUGUGUGUCCUCGUUUCUACAGGAAUGUGCGCUGUACAUGUAAUGGAGGACUUUGUCCAGGGUCAAAUGAUCCUUGUGUGGAGAAGCCCUGUCCUGGGGACAUGCAGUGUGUUGGGUAUGAAGCCAGUAGAAGACCAUUCAUCUGCCAGUGUCCACCAGGAAAACUGGGUGAAUGCUCAGGGCACACUUCUCUCAGCUUUGCUGGAAACAGUUACAUCAAAUACCGGCUUUCUGAAAAUAGCAAGAAAGAGGAAUUUAAGUUGGCUCUGCGUCUGCGAACACUGCAAAGCAAUGGGAUUAUAAUGUACACCAGAGCAAAUCCCUGCAUAAUUCUGAAGAUUGUAGACAGCAAACUGUGGUUCCAGUUGGACUGUGGCACAGGUCCCGGAAUCUUGGGCAUCUCUGGCCGAGCUGUGAAUGAUGGGAAUUGGCACUCAGUCUUCUUAGAGCUCAAUCAGAAUUUCACAAGCUUGUCUCUGGACGAUAGCUAUGUGGAACGCCGCAAAGCCCCCCUCUAUUUCCAGACACCGAACACAGAGAGUGCCAUCUACUUUGGCGCCCUGGUGCAGGUGGACAACAUCCGGAGCCUGACGGACAAGAGGGUCACCCAGGUCCUGAGCGGCUUCCAGGGUUGCCUGGAUUCUGUGGUCCUGAAUAACAAUGAGCUGCCCCUGCAGAACAAACGCAGCAGCUUUGCUGAGGUGGUGGGCCUCACUGAGCUCAAGCUUGGAUGCGUCCUGUACCCGGAUGCCUGUGAGCGGAAUCCCUGCCAGAAUGGAGGGAGCUGUGCCAGCCUGCCAUCUGGUGGUAAGUGCCCCAGCCUGUAG